AAAUGACAUGAGCGCACACUGUGUCACGUUCGCUGUGUGAGGCCCGGCCGGCCACGACUCCCGUCCCCUUCUCUCAGGCUCUGCGCGAAAGCGAAACGAGUCCACACGAGCCGCGCGGCGUCGCCGUCCGUGGUCCGCCGCCGCUCGCCGGAGUAGCAGCCGUAGCAGGGGGCAGGCUAGAGGCGGCGGAUGGGGAUCCUGGGCAAAGGCUCGGGGUGGUGCUUCUGCUCCCGCGGGGCCAAGCUGGAGCGGAUCAAGUCCAGCCUCCUCGCCGCAAAGGGCGCCGCCGUAGCCGCCGUAUCCUUCCCCAGCGGCGGCGGCGGAGGAGGAGCUGGAGGGAAAGGUGGGAGUGGGUUCCUCAUCCACCGCGGCCUCCUGCUCACCACGCACGGCACCAUUCCCUCGGCCGCCGCGGCGGCCAUCGCCGAGGUCCGGCUCAGCCACGGCCGCCUCCUAGCUCGCCUGGUGCCGCAGAGGUUUUUUAUUACCAGUUCUAUUCUUGACCUUACAAUAGUUGGCCUUGACGUUGUGGAUGAUGACCUGAGUUCACAUGGGCAGCAGCCUCAUUUUUUGAAAACUUGCUUGAACCCCAGCUUGGACCUUGGCAGUACAGUUUUGCUACUGGGCCACAACAGAAAUGAUUUGGCUGUAGGAGAGGGGAAGGUUGUAAUAGCUACAGACAACCUUAUAAAGUUCUCAAUUGAUGAAGUCUUGUGGCAUCCUGGAUCUGCUGGGUUUGAUAUGCACGGUAAUCUAGCUUUUAUGGUCUGUGAUCCCAUGAAGAUUGCACCUUCUACACCUAAUGGGUAUGCUUCUGCUUCAUCAGCUGCCCUUUGUACAUCAAGAAAGGAUGUGCCCGCACAGUUUGGGAUCCCUAUUCCUGCAGUAUGCGAAUGGUUAAAACAACACUGGAAUGGUAGCUUAGAAGAUGUUAGCAAGCCGAUGAUGACUCCUGCACGAUUGACAACCUCUGGUGAACGAAGUGGGCGUUCUUCCUUUGGUCAUCUUCGUUAUAUUAAGACCACGGAGGUAGAAGGUGGUGGUGUCUUGUCAUCAUCGCAGAUGCCACCAAGACCAACAUGGCAGCAUGGAGCAUGCAGUUCAGCAUCUGCCAAGAUUUCACAUGGCGAAAAGGAUUCCAUUGGCUCACAUUCUUUCCAUGGGCAACAUGAGCUGACCUCAAAAUUUUCCAAACCUCAGAAAGAGCAAGCUACUUCACUUGUGGAGCAUUCAAGAUCUAUUCGCCUACCCCUUCCCUUAAAGCAAAUGAUGCCCGAUGAGAACAAGAAUGAGGCGAACAGGCAAGCUCUGCACAGAACACAACGAUCUCAUGUGCAAAUGAACUGUGGUACUCUUCACAAUGUUGCUUACCAUGAAAAUUGCUGGAGUGAGGUGCAGUCCAGUUCCUCCCCACUUGCGAUAUCCGAAGUAGGAGAUGAGAGGGGUGGUUUUAGCAGUGGGGAAGAGACAAUGUACUCUGCUGAAACAAGGGAAAGCCGGAACAUUCCAAGUCCAAAGGAAAAGAAAGCCGAGGUGGUUGGUAGAUCACAGAGUUUUGUGAACCAUAACAAAUGGGACUCGCCUAAAAGUGUUGAAUCUUCGAGAGGUUUUCCUUCGAAGUCACAGACCUUCAUUCCUUUAAGGAAACCACAUCUACAGGCUGCAGCCAUUUCACAGAAGAGCCAAGAUUAUUUCAGCCCGACUGUCUCGUCAAACAUGAAGAAGAGGAACCUGUCCCAAACUCCCAUGAAACCCAGGCAGCGUUCUCAAGUUACGUCAAAGUGGAUAACUUGAUGCAUCCACCUGCCCCAGGAAUCAUACAAAGAUAACAUGUUUUAGUUUACUCAGUUCCAUUCUGCAUUUCUUUUUCCUUUUCCUUUAUCCUUUUUAGCUGCAUUUGUAAAUGCAUUCUAGUCAUGAACUGUGCUCUAGUCAUUCUUUUCUAGGGUACCAUAUGUUAGGAGAUGCUGUUCUUUACCCUGUAAUUCUCUACUGAAGGGUUAGACAGGUUGCCAUUACAAAAUACAGUUUUUCCCCUCCUGAUACCCGUAGCUAAGGAGAGUUGAGAAGCGUAAGACUUGGUCUUCUUAACUCUCAAUUGUCAGCACAAGGGAUAAUUCACAGGAAUGCAUUGCCCUUGCUGUAUUGCUCUUGAAGCUCUGUACAAGGUUGUGCGCUUUGUUGAGGGAGGCGAAUAUGGUGAUAGCUCUGCUGCAA